GCAGCGGUGAGGUUAGGUUCAGUGUGUGCUGUUGUUGUUUGGCAGCUGCUGCUCUCCGUUCGGUGGUUCUGCGAGCUGGCGUACAAAAGUGUGUCUUAAAUAGGGUGUGAUUGGUUCGGAGAACAGACCCACUUACUGUUUUGUCCCCCCACCUGGAGAACGUUCGCGUGUUCCGCACGGAAUAGAAUAGUGCUUCCACCGACUCCUUCUCCGUCUCCACCGCUUCCACCACCGGCCCCGGACAAUCAGUCUGCAUCAGCAUGGACGAGCUAAAGGGCCUCCUGAGCGGGGCCGGCAAGCAGCUGUUUGAUGCGGCCGGUCAGGCCAUCACCAGUGCCGCCACCGAGUACAUUGGCAGCGUCAUCAACGAGAUGUUCGUGAAGAAAGAAACGGACACGAAGCGCUUCCUGCCGAGCAUUAAGAACAUGAAAGUGCUCGGAGAUCGCAACGCCGGACAGCGGUCCAGCUUCGAUGUGCAGGAUUUCUACCAGAUUCGCCAGCAGUGCCUCGACAAUGGUACGCUGUUCGAGGAUCCCGAGUUCCCGGCGUCCGCCUCCUCGCUGAUGUACUCGAAGCGCCCCGAUCGCCAUUACGAAUGGUUGCGUCCGCACGAAAUUUGCGACGGGCCCGAGUUCUUCGUGGAAGGUUUCUCGCGGUUCGAGAGGGUGCAGCAGGGCGAGCUGGGCGACUGCUGGCUGCUGGCUGCCUGUGCCAACCUCACGCAGGACCACAAGAUGUUCCUGCGCGUCGUGCCGGAGGAUAACAGCUUCGAGGACGGGUAUGCCGGUGUGUUUCACUUCCGCUUCUGGCAGUACGGCAAGUGGGUCGAUGUGGUGAUUGACGAUCGGCUACCGACGUACCGCGGACAGCUGAUCUACAUGCGAUCGUCAGAGCAGAACGAGUUCUGGAGUGCGCUGCUGGAGAAGGCGUACGCCAAGCUGCACGGAUCGUAUGAGUCACUGCGCGGUGGCACCACGUGCGAGGCGAUGGAAGACUUUACCGGCGGUGUGGCGGAAAUGUACGACUUGAAGGACCAAACGCCACCGAAUCUGUUCGAAAUCAUCGAGAAGGGCUUCAAGCGCAACUCGAUGUUUGGCUGCAGCAUUGAGGCGGACCCGCACGUGCUCGAGGCGGAAACGCCGGAAGGGUUGAUCCGGGGGCACGCGUACUCGAUCACGAAGAUUCAGCUGGUGGACAUCGAGACGCCGGGCCGGUCGGGCAAGAUACCGCUGAUCCGGCUGCGCAACCCGUGGGGCAAUGAGGCGGAGUGGAACGGGCCGUGGAGCGACAAGUCGCCCGAGUGGCGCUACAUCCCGGACGAGCAGAAGCAAGAGCUGGGGCUAAACUUUGACCACGACGGCGAGUUCUGGAUGUCGUAUCGGGACUUUACGCGCUACUUCGACCGGAUGGAGAUUUGCAACUUGAGCCCGGACUCGCUGAGCGACGACGAGAUGACGCGGGGCAAGAUCAGCUGGGAGAUGUCGAUGUUUGAGGGCGAAUGGGCGGUCGGCACUACGGCGGGCGGCUGCCGUAACUAUCUCGACACGUUCUGGCACAACCCGCAGUACGUGAUCCGGCUGGACGAUCCGGACGAGGACGACGAGGAGGGCAACUGUACGGUGAUCAUUGCGCUGCUGCAGAAGAACCGUCGCUCGCGGCGCAACAUGGGCGUGGAGUGCCUCACGAUCGGGUUCGCCGUGUACCGCGUGACGGAGCGAGAUCUCGCCCAGAAACCGCUGAAGAUGAACUUCUUCAAGUACAAUGCGUCGGCGGCUCGGUCGCCCGCGUUCAUUAAUUUGCGCGAGGUGAGCUGCCGGUUCAAGCUGCCGCCCGGGACGUACGUGAUCGUGCCGUCCACGUUCGAGCCGAACGAGGAGGGCGAGUUCAUCAUUCGCGUGUUCUCCGAAACUGCCAACAGCAUGAUGGAAAACGAUGAUAAUGUCGGCGUCGGUGACCUCGAUGAUCGGAUUGCGCCCGAUGUGCCCGGCUACGUCCAACCGUCUCCGCAACGGCAAGCCAUGGAGCGUCUGUUUUUGGACGUUGCCGGAGCGGACGGUGAAGUGGACUGGGUCGAGCUGAAGCGCAUUCUCGAUCAUUCCUUCCGUGAUGAUUUACCCAAAACGUCCUCCCUGAACGGGUUGAACCGGCAGACGUAUGCAUCGCAGCAGAACGCGGAAGCCGGCCCGGCCGGUCCCGGCGGUGGCAUCGAGGAUCUGCUCAGCAUGCUGCUGAACAUGUGCUGCAAGGGCGUCCUGGGCGGCGACGGCGACGGUGGUGGCGGCGGCGGUACGCAUCCUUCCGGGCCGGCCAAUUUGGAAAGCCAAAUCGUACCGAACCAGCCGCUGCAUGGUGAGAAUAACAUCUCAUCGGAGGGCUUCUCGAAGGACGUGUGCCGUGCGAUGGUAGCGAUGCUGGAUGUGGAUCACACCGGCAAGCUGGGCUUCGAAGAGUUCCAGCAGCUGCUGACCGACAUUGCCAAAUGGAAGGCCGUGUUCAAGCUGUACGACACGGAGGGUUCCGGUCGGCUGAGCCCGUUCCAGCUCCGCGAGGCAUUGAACUCGGCCGGCUACCAUCUGAACAAUCGCAUCCUGAACGCGCUGGUGCAUCGGUACGGGUCGCGCAGCGGUACGAUACCGUUCGAUGAUUUCAUCAUGUGUGCCGUCAAGAUAAAGACGAUGAUCGAAAUCUUCCGCGAGCGCGAUACGGACGGUACAAACCAGGCCACGUUCAGCAUGGACGAGUGGGUCGAAAAGACGCUGUACUCGUAAACAAAAUGGACACUCCCGGCAAAUAAUGCGCUCCUGUAAUGCAUUUUCCUUCCCCUUUUCACCACAGCGAAAGGAGCGCUUCUCGCUGUACUCGAAAUUGUUGUACCUUUUACACGGAAAGUCGUCAACAUCACUUAUUUAAACAAAAAAACGCGUCAGGGCAUCUACUGUAGAUCACAUCGAACGAGCUAGCUGCUUGUUUAGUGAUUAAGUUAUUAUUUUAUUCGUCACGUUUAGUUUCUUUUUUCUUUGUGUUGAACUAUAAAUAUGUUAGUUUGCUGUUCACUGUUAAGGAAAGUGAGCAUGCGGUUACGAAAUUACCGCUUCUUAAAAUUUUAGAACUUCCUCUUAAACAACACACAAAAAUUCAAGUGUCUAACACAUCACAAACUUCUAUGGAAACGUGCACGCUCCCAUCCACGUUGUUAUCGUGUGUAUUAUCUCGUCCGUAAACAAAACAAACAAAAAAAACGCGCCAUCACAUGAUCGUUCAAUACUUAAACCCGCUUCCCCGCCACGUAAGGGGUGUUGUGAGGGAUGAAAUCGAACAAAUUUUAACGUCUCUUUAAUCCGGCGCAAGGCGCUUUUGAUAUUCAUGUUAAUUAUGUUGUGCGUCGUUUUUUGCAGUGUUUUUUUCAGUUUUAAUUUUUUCAUUGUUACAGAAUAAAGUUGUAUUUAUGAAUUACACAAA